CUCCGCCCAUCCAGACUUCCUCUGGCAGACGCCGCACUGGCGAAGCAGCGAACCCGACUAUUGGAGGACGGAUUGUGAGACACCCAGAGAGCGAGAGAUCUCGGGAGUACAUGAAGCCGACUGUUAACUCCAGGCUCUGUUUACCACACAAAGUCGGUUUACGUUAGGUAACGAUGACUACAUCAGGGUCCUUGGAUCGAAUGGAACUCUGUGAAAGCCUCUUGACUUGGAUCCAGACAUUUGGAGUGGAGGCUCCAUGCAAGACAGUAGAAGACUUGACAAGUGGCAUCGUCAUGGCCCAAGCUCUACAAAAAAUAGAUGUAGUGUAUUUCAAUGACUCUUGGAUUAGUAGAGUCAAGCCAGAGGUUGGAGACAACUGGAGGUUAAAGAUCAGCAAUCUAAAGAAAGUUCUAAAAGGCAUCCUAGACUAUAACCAGGAGAUCCUAGGCCAGCACAUUAACGACUUCACACUACCAGAUGUUAACCUUAUUGGAGAGCACUCUGACGCAGCAGAACUUGGGAGGAUGCUUCAACUUAUACUGGGCUGUGCUGUCAACUGUGAACAGAAACAAGAAUACAUCCAGACCAUAAUGAUGAUGGAGGAGUCAGUGCAGCAUGUUGUCAUGACAGCCAUCCAAGAGCUGAUGAGUAAAGAGACUCCGGUGAUGGGAGGAAAUGACUCGUAUGUGGAUCUAGACAGACAGCUGAAGAAGACAGCAGAGGAGCUGAAUGAUGCUUUGUCUACCAAGGAAGAGAUCGCCCAGAGGUGCCGCGAGCUUGACAUGCAGGCCCUCCAUGUCCAAGAGGAGCGUGAUAGACUGAGGUUAGACUUUAAUGAGCUAGAAGAGAGGGUGGCAGCCCUGCAAGAGGAGAAGAGCAGUUUGCUGGCAGAAAACCAGAUCCUGAUGGAGAGACUUAACCAGUCUGACUCCAUAGAGGACAUAAACAGCCCUGCUGGACGCAGACACCUCCAGCUGCAGACACAACUGGAGCAACUGCAGGAAGAAACUUUUAGGUUGGAGGCAUCAAAAGAUGAUUAUCGGAUCCGUUGCGAAGAGCUUGAAAAAGAACUUUUGGACGUGAAGUCGCAGAAUGAAGAGCUUGCGUCGCUGGCUGAUGAAGCCCAGUCUCUCAAGGACGAGAUGGAUGUCCUCCGGCAUUCAUCAGACAAAGUGUCAAAGCUGGAGGGCACAGUGGAGCACUACAAGAAGAAACUAGAGGACAUGGGACUUCUCAGAAGACAGAAUAAGCUUAUGGAGGAGAAGAACACAGUGUUAAUGCAGAGCACCGUCAGUUUGGAAGAAGAGUUACGAAAGGCGAAUGCUACCAAGGGCCAGCUGGAGACAUACAAGAGACAGGUGGUCGAACUUCAGAACAGACUGUCAGAAGAGUCUAAAAAGGCCGACAAGAUGGAGUUUGAGUACAAACGGGUCAAAGAGAAAGUGGACUCUCUACAAAAAGAAAAAGAUCGUAUGCGGACGGAGAGAGACUCUCUGAAGGAAACUAUUGAGGAGCUACACUGUGUCCAAGCCCAGGAAGGACAGCUUACAUCAGGUUUGUUCCCGAUGGUCAGCAACGAUGGCUCUGAUUCACUGGCUGCUGAGAUCACCACCCCAGAGAUUCGAGAACAUUUGAUUCGUCUUCAGCAUGAGAACAAGAUGUUGAAGCUGGCCCAGGAGGGAUCAGACAAUGAGAAGAUUGCACUGUUGCAGAGUCUACUGGAGGAUGCCAACCGAAGAAAGAAUGAACUGGAGACAGAGAACAGGUUAAUCAAUCAGCGCCUGAUGGAGGAACAGAGUCAGGUAGAGGAGCUACAGAAAAAUCUUCAAGAACAGGGUUCCAAAGCAGACGAUUCUUCCAUUCUGAAGAAGAAAAAUGAGGAGCACAUGGAGAAACUACGAGAGUUGAACAAUGAGUUACUGAAGAAGAAUGCCUUCAUCGAUGAAAUGGAGCCGAAAUACAACAGCAGCUCCCAACGAGUGGAAGAGCUGGAAGAGGCCUUGAAGAAGAAAGAUGAAGACAUGAAACAGAUGGAGGAGAGAUAUAAGAAAUACCUAGAAAAAGCCAAGAGUGUGAUCCGGACCCUGGACCCCAAACAGAACCAGGGUUCAGGUCCAGAGGUCCAGGCCCUGAAGAACCAGCUGCAGGAGAAGGACAGGAUGUUGCACUCAUUGGAGAAAGAGAUGGACAAGACAAAAAGCCAGAGAGAUUACGAGGAGAAACUGAUUGUGUCAGCCUGGUACAAUAUGGGCAUGUCUCUGCAGAAGAAGGCGGCUGAAGACAGACUUGCCAACACCGGUUCUGGUCAGUCCUUCCUGGCCCGGCAAAGACAAGCCACCAGCACACGCCGCUCCUAUCCGGGCCACGUUCAGCCAGCUACCGCAAGAUCCAUGAGAUAGAGAUGCCAGGCAAGGCUGUCCAAAAUCUAAGACUAAGCAUAUUUUACCCUGACCGCUGUGAUGCCAGGCUCUUACCCUUUUAACACCCCAGCAUAUUUGAUAGGGCCUGACUAAUCACCCCAAACACCUUCUCUUCCUUCCUCAACCUGUACUAUGUGGCAAACCUUUGUCAGGCAGGUACAUUUGGUCCCCAAGGCAGAGAAGAGUCGCAUCUUCUUGACAAGUUACUGUCCGUUUUUGUUUAGGGGAGCCGCUCUGCCUGUUCUUGCAGUAUUUAUGCACAUGUCUACCUGUCAUAGCAAUUGAGGUUCAUCUUGUUUCUUGAGUGGAGUUGACAGAUUUUCUGUCCUGCGUUACCUGUUUGAACUCUUAUGAUGUAGCUUUCAGCAGGCGACAGCCAUUUUUAUUUACAUGUCAAGUGUAUUUUUCAAGUGGUGAUACGUUGCCCUUCUGCCGUGUUAUUAUGUUUUUGAUUUUUGAAUUUAGAUGCAAUAUUAAGCAACAAAUACAUUGAGGCAUAGGAAGAUGUAUAGUCAUCACAUGUAAAUGUUCCAUUUGCUUGCUAAAUGGUUUGAAUGAUCUCUAAUAGGGCGACAUGAUUUGGAGAAAAAAAAAUUGGUAACUGUCGGCUGGUAAUAGUGCAGCAUUAAUCGUGAAUGGUAAUUUCCCCUGGGAAUUUUUUUAAAGUAACUGCUUCAGCUGUUGAAGUUGUUUAGGAAGCUAAACUAACUAACCUAACUGUGUAGACUGGUUUUCAUAAUGUUUUUUAAAAGGAGCCAACGUCGAGCAAUGUUUCACAUGGUUUUAGCUUUACCAGCAUUUACCAGGUUGUCUGGGACAACUCCGUAUGUGUCAUAGUGUUAGAUUCCACGGUAUUUGGUCAAUAUUAUACUUGCAACACUGCAGGCGUCCCUCCUCACACUACACAGAAAGACGUAGUCACAAGAGAGUUCCUGAGUUUUAGAUCCUGGGACUGUUGGGUUGGAAAGGGAUUUGUUUUGUAGAUCGCCCUUUAUGCAAUUAUAACAACAAAGCGAAGACGCUUAUUCAGUGUAGCUCAUUGAAGCAGACUCACCUUCCAUAUCAUUUUAGAGUCAGUUGAUUGCUAUCAUCGUCAAAAGGUUUUUCAAGGUUUGUAAGAAGGUGUUUUGAUAAGCACGACACAGAAUUGCCCGUGCCACUUUAAGUAGGAGUCUUGAAUAGGUAUGCUUGUUGCAGCUGUUCCUGUCCUUUCUGCAACCCAUUUGUGGUUCCACUCUUGUUUACAUUGGCAUUGUUUUUAAGGCACAUCAUGAAUGACUUCUUAUUAACGUGACAGACCUUUAGAAGUCUUGGAAUUAACCCUGUGCGUUUGCUGUGUAUAUGUUUAGAUCAUGCUCAGAAUGUUAAUUCUAACAGGCCCCGCCGUCUGACCAUUAUCUCUCUUUCUCCUCCCUCAACAGCAAUGUCACUGCAUGACUGGCACACCAAUGAACUGGCCAAACGUUGUGUGGCUCGGCCCUGCCUGUCUUUGGCCUGCGCUGGCCCCAGGCUGGGCUAGGCUGAGGCACACGAUGCAUGAACUACCUGCCUGCCUACUGUUUUGCAUGACUUUGCAUUGACACGACUUGCGAAUAACCAGCGCACCAGCAGCAGCAUGAGCACUAACAACCGUUUGCAGUGUCAUGCAUUGUAACCUCCAGACAAGCCUGGGGAGGCCAGCAAUUUAACUCCUUCCCACCUUUCCAGUUCCUUGCUUUUCAUAUUCUCCUGCUCGUUGUUACCCUCUCCAUUCCUAUACUAUCCUCUCCUCCAUUCCCCCUCCCCUCACUCUUUAUGGACAUGCCACACUGCAUCAAGUCUGUUACAAUUCAACGGUUACAAACACCAAGGACAGGGGCAGAAUAUCACAGCAUAGUCUGUCAAUCCAGCAGUUGAUCUCUCAAUAGGCCCUUUCUGCAGUGUGUAACUUGACGUUGGCUGGCUGCUUCAGGGUACCUCAGUGACAUAUUUCCACAUAUCUGUUUUUAUUGACAUGGUUGGAGGAGAGUCCACAUUAGCGUGAGAGAAAUAUUUGAGAGGUGCGACCUGCAAAUCAGUCUGCAUAACAAAAAAAAAGUGUGCCAGCCUCUCCUCAACAUGUUGCUAGAUGGCUUCUUAGAAGUGGUUUUACCUCAAGUAUUAGUGAGUACAACAAGGAGAGCUUAUGGGGCAUUACUGUGAUGCCCUGUAAGCUUUGGGACAGUUUGCAGUAGGAUGGCAAAAAUAAGUGUUUUAAACUGAAUAACAUUGUUACAGAUAUGCUUUUAUACUGGAUACAAGCCCCUAUUAAGCCUACUUUAAAUUUUUCUUUAGAUGGAAUUUAAUACAGUUAAAUACAUUUUACCAUAAAACAUGAAUACUAACUUGAUAGAAUAAUUUUUUUUUUUUUUUUUUUGAAAAUAAGGAUGUAACUGUACAUCAGCUCACGCAGGCUAAUGUACAGUACUUUUUGUUGGCUUGAAAAGGCUAACUAUUUUAAAAAUGUUGACAGGGAAACCAUUGUAACAAUCUAAAAGGAUCCUGUUAAUCACAGAUGAAACCCUUAUUGUAUUAUACAUGUCAGGCAGUUCAUACUGCAGUAACCCUGCAUUUCUUUCACAGUGUUUCGUUAACGCGAUCUAACCGAACAGUUAUGUGAAAAAUAUUUUUGGCAUUAACGGAAAAAAGUUAAGACUGCUUACACAUGCAGUGUUAACCAAAUAAGUUAUACAAGACACAUUUUAUAGUAUCCGUCAUAGGGAAACUUAACUUGGUGUUGCUGUAAGUCAUACUGUGCAUUGUGCGUCACUUUUUAAAAUAAAUGUCUUAUUUAAAUUUUAUUUCCAGAGCGUCUUAAAAGUAUGUUGAUAAAAAGAGUGAGACAGAAAGAAAGAAAGAGAAAAUAAACACCUGGACCUAAGGAUAUAUGCAUAUUAAAGGCAUAAUUGCAUACAUUUUUCAAAUGAGAGAUUGUGUAAUCCUCAAAUUUAGUGCCUUUGUUUAAAAUACGAUAAGAAAACAAGACUGGCUAGUCUUUUAAAGACUAAAGGCAGCAAGGCAUGCCACAUUUAGAGACCAAUUGUAUUGCAUUAUUUGAGAAAAUAGAGAAAAAAACAAUGCCUGAGAUGAGCUUUGAUCUCAUCUACAUGAUACAUUUCUUGACAGACAACUUCUAUUCAAAUUAAGUAGACUUAAUGAGGGCUUUUCUUCUUUGUGUUUUAACCUAUUUUACUCAUAAAUGUUAUAUUGUGUAACCUUGGAUUAAUUCAUGCUGUGCAUUUUUAUCUUAAUGGCUUAUUUAUUCUUUUGCCACUUGUACAGCAGUGUUAUUACUUUUUUUUUUUUUUUUAAAUAUCAGUAGUAUUAUAAUAUCACCACUCAUACUGUUACAAUGGAUGUGAAGUUUCCAUACAACAUUAAUACUGUUAAAUACUUGUCUUAUGCAACAAAAAGAGGAGAUGGUUUGAAAUAGUGUAGUGUCUGUCUCCAUUUAAUGAAAAUGACACAAAGGUUAUUACCAGUGUCAUCUGAGACCAGUGUCAAAUAGAGAAAACGGUGUAAGGUUCCAUUUACCUCAAGUCUUUUCAGGAAGAGGAGUUUCUUAGAAAACGUGUCCUGUUUUGAAAAAAAAAAAGCACAUUUUGUGUUUUAGCGAUGGCGACAAAGACGCCGGUCACGUUCCAUGGGAAAAGGUAUUAUAUAGCUGUUGGCCAUGCGUAUGUAAUUGCAUUCAAAUAAAGUGUGCUCAGACUUUGGAUAACUUUAAUAAACAAGGAUUCUACGUUUGGCCAUCAAAUAAAUUAGUUUUCUAGAAGUGAGCGGUGAAAUCCCAUUUGCAGUAUAAAUUCAUUUGCAGAGUGAAGACAUGAUGCUUUGUCCAGCUCUCUACUUGUUUCUGUCCAAAUCAGUGUUUCGUAAAGCACUUGCCAUUAACAUUCAGCUGUAAGUUAUAUUACAUAGAAGUCUUUUAACCGUCCAUCCCCACGAGUCAUUGGUUUGCUAAGAAAUCUGUAUAUAAUGGAACACAUCCGCAUUGUGGUUGACGUGUUUUAUCAGGGAUAUUGGGGAAACAUUUUCUUUUAUUUAAUAUCUCUCUAAGAGAAAGCAUAUUAUGUUGUCCCCUUUUAUCCCCCAUCAAGUCAGCCACACUACAGUAUUUUGUUGCUCAUUUGUGUCUGUGUAUAUACUUAACAUUUCUGGCAAAUAAUGAGUAACCAGGGAAAGUUUAUCACAGUAAUAUAACCAGAGAAACUGGCUUCAGAAGCUAGCUAGUUUCUGCCAUUUUCAGACCUAAAGCCAAUGUCUUCUUAAUAAAGAAGCAAAGGUGACAUUUGAUUCUGUUCAAGCUCUAACCCCAAAUAAUUCCUAGAUAUUCAUGUUUGAAUGUUGAGUGUUUGAGAACAAAAUACUGAAUCAAGAUUGUAGUCAUCUUCUCAAAACCUGAUCAUAAUUUGGUGUAUCACUUAUAUGCCUCAGCUAAAGAAAGUACCCAGUGUUCCUUAGUGUUACUUGACUGCUAAAUUGCACUGUCAAAAGUGUAUUAGAGAGAUGACACAAACAACAUGAGGAAUCUUAUCACUACGCGUGCAGUGUUUGCUGUAUUUUUUUACUCAUUGGAAAACUUUUCUUUACAUAUUGAAGUAGCAAAUAACCUUCCAUUUGCCAAGUUUUAUAUUGCUUGUAUACAAACACACUAUGUACAUACUAAUUGUGGCAGUGGUAGAGGAGGUGUCUGGCCAUUUGAGAAUGAGAAAAUAAGACCCAUGUCAUUAUAGCAUCUGUCCGAUGAGGACCUAUUGAUGAAAAUGUGCUUCCUACACUGCAAAACUUGGAAAUUACAUUUUAAAUAAAGCUUGUAUAAAACAG